UUCGCCGGACUUUCCCUCUCCCCCGACCACCUACCGCCUUCUCUAAGUCAACAAAAUUUUCUGCUUCUUUGUUUAUGUUUUUGUGUUCCUAUCACUCCUCUUCUUCAUUAUCCAAAGUCUGCAACGUAAUUACCUUAUUCAAAGCAGCGAUCUUAGUCUCUCCGUCGCCAUCAGAUCUCUUUCCGGCCUACUCUGCACUUGUCUGGCGGUGUUCACUUAUUUUGAAGCUCCCUAUUCGCCCGACGAAUCAGAAUCCCUCACUCUUCUUGUGUGCAAAUGAUGACGUCAGGGUAUAACAUCAUGGAUCUCAUUCGAGAAGCACACAUCCGGUGGUUAAAGCCAGGGGAGGUGCUCUUCAUACUUCAGCAUUUUGAGGAAAGCCAGCUUACCCAUGAGCCCCCUCAAAAGCCACCCAGCGGGUCUUUGUUUCUCUUUAACAAGAGGGUCCUUCGGUUUUUCCGUAAAGACGGUCAUAGUUGGCGGAGAAAAAAGGAUGGAAGAAAUGUUGGGGAAGCGCAUGAACGGCUAAAGGUUGGAAAUGUUGAAGCUCUAAAUUGUUAUUAUGCACAUGGUGAGGUGAAUCCAAACUUCCAGAGGCGUAGUUAUUGGAUGUUGGAUCCGUCAAUGGAUCACAUUGUACUUGUUCAUUACAGAGAUAUAACCAUGGGUGGGCAUAGUGCUGGACCCAUUUCAACAGUGUCCACAGGAUCUUCUACUCUUAUUCAGAGUUCCAACUCCUAUGUUACUCAGUUUACUCAAUCUGCUGCUGCUUUUAGUCAAUUUCGUGAACCUUAUGAAAGCACCUCUAGUCCCGGUUCUGUAGAAGUUAGUUCGGAUGUAGUUAUUAAAUCCAAUGGGACAAGUCCCUUGACUUUAGCAGAAGUAACUGAGGAAAUUGGCGGUUCACCCAACUUUGAAAUUGAUCAGGCUUUGCAAAGGAUAAGGGAGCAGUUGAGUUUGGAUGAGGACAACUUGAAAGACAUCGGUGCAUUCUAUAGUGAAAAUGAGAUUUCAAAUGAAUCAGGGAUUACAGUUAAUGAGCAAGAUUAUGGUGGAUCUGGAGGGAUGCAUGAUGGUUCAAUCAAUUACACAUCUGAACAAUAUCCAGGUGAGUAUGGAACAGCACAUCAGUACCAGCAACAAUCAGAGGGUGAAUUUUCUAUUACAAGUCAACAAACUUCAAUUUGGGACGAUGUACUAAUAUAUAAUGGGAAUGCAGUAGGUGAUGGUUCACAAAAGAAUUUUGUGUACCCUUCAGACAGAAAUGGAGUACUGCUACCUCAACCAAGAAGAGAUCCAGUGGAAGAGCAAGAGAAGUACAAUUAUGGAUAUACAAGUGCAAAUAAUGACUCAUCCAUAUUGUUGCCUCAUGAACUUGAAGAUUUCAAAUUUCCUGCAUAUACCCCUGCAAGAAAUUUGUCCGACAGUUACCCGGACUUCUACUCCACGAUGUUUGGGCAAGGACAGGGUGGAAUGCCUCUCGAAUCAGCUUCAAGUCUAACCAUUGCGCAAGAGCAGAAAUUUACUAUUCGUGAGAUAGCCCCUCAAUGGGGCUAUGCAUCUGAGCCAACAAAGGUACUGGUUAUUGGGACUUUCACAUGUGAUCUAGCCAAAAGAGAAUGGUACUGUAUGUUUGGUGACACAGAAGUUCCUGUUGAGAUUAUUCAAGAAGGAGUCCUCUGUUGUUAUGCUCCUCCUUGCUUGCCUGGAAAAGUUAGUCUUUGUAUUACCUCUGGCAAUCGAGAAUCUUGUAGUGAGAUCAGGGAGUUUGAAUACUGUGACAAACCAAGCAGUUAUAUACAUACUAAUCAAACAGAUAAAAAAUUCAGUAGGAGUUCUGAAGAAUCAUUGUUACUUGUCAGAUUUGUUCAGAUGCUACUAUCUGAUCAAGUUAGGCAUAAAGAAGGAAAGACCAGAAUUGAUCUUCUGGUCAGUUCAAUGGCUAGCGAAGACUCAUGGUCUCAAGUCAUUGAGGCUCUUUUAGAUGGAAGUUUGGCAUCAUCUAACACAACAGAUUGGCUCCUGGAAGAACUUCUAAAAGACAAGUUGCAACAAUGGCUUUCUUCUAGAUUGCAGGAUGAGAGUGCUGUUCCAGCUUUGUCCAAAAGAGAACAAGGGAUAAUACACAUGGUUUCUGGGUUGGGAUUUGGAUGGGCCUUGACCCCAAUUCUUAACUCGGGAGUUGGCGUAAACUUUCGUGACAUUAAUGGCUGGACUGCGCUUCACUGGGCUGCUAGAUUUGGAAGGGAAAAAAUGGUAGCUGAACUCCUGGCUUCUGGUGCUUCUGCUGGAGCAGUUACCGAUCCAAGUCAACUAGACCCAACUGGGAAAACCCCAGCUUCUAUAGCUGCCACAUGUGGACACAAGGGGCUCGCAGGUUAUCUCUCAGAGGUGUCACUAACCAGCCAUCCAACCCUCAAGCUGCAACAAAGUGAACUUUCUAGAAAUUCAGCUGACCUCGAAGCAGAAAGAACCGUAGAUAGUAUCUCAAAACUAAAUCUUGUUUCAGACGAGGAUCCUUCUCUUAGGGACACCUUAGCUGCUGUUAGGAAUACAGCACAGGCUGCUGCACGCAUACAAUCUGCUUUCAGGGCACAUUCUUUCAGGAAGAGGCAACAAAAAGAAUCCACCAGAUAUGCUACUGGAGACGAAUAUGGCAUUCUUCCAAGUGACAUCGAGGGACUUUCAGCAGCAUCAAAGUUGACUUUUCGGAAUGGAAACGAUCAUAAUGCUGCUUUAUCUAUCCAGAAGAAAUAUCGAGGCUGGAAAGGCCGCAAAGACUUUCUUGCACUUCGCCAGAAAGUAGUGAAAAUUCAGGCUCAUGUAAGAGGUCAUCAGGUACGGAAAAACUAUAAGGUUUUCUGUUGGGCUGUUGGUGUAGUUGAGAAAGUUGUGCUGAGGUGGCGUAGGAAGGGAGUGGGCUUGCGGGGAUUCAAGCAAGAACUGGGAACCCUUGAUGACGGUGAAGAUGAAGACAUUGUGAAGGUAUUUCGGAAACAGAACGUGGAUGUUUCUAUUGAUGAAGCCGUCUCGAGGGUGCUCUCCAUGGUGGACUCUCAACAAGCACGUCAGCAGUAUCGCCGCAUGCUUCAAAAAUAUCGGCAAGCCAAGGCUGAACACGAACGUUUAGAGAGCGAAGCAGCCUCAACUUCCGAAAAUGAGGAGUUAAAUAAGUUCAUUAUGUAGAAGAAAGAAAGAAAUGUUGGAUGAGUGUUAUUAACAUGAAUGAUUCAUGAGUUUGUUGUGUAUAAAGAGAUGGGGGGUUUAGUAUGGUUUCGGAAUUGGGUAUGUAUGUUGUAUUAAGUGUAAGUAACAUAAAUGGUUUUCUUAUUGUAUCUGAAUAGGAGGGAACACUAGCGUCUGUUUUUUAGCAGCUUAAUGAACUUAAUAUGAUUCACAGUUUAUUCAAGCAAC